AUGCCUUUCCCCACCGUUCGCGUUGCUGCCACCCAAGCCGAGCCCGUCUGGUUCGACCUUCAAGGAGCUGUGGAUAAGACUUGUAAGCUCAUAGAAGAAGCAGCCUCGAACAAGGCCGAUCUGGUUGGAUUUCCCGAAGUCUGGAUCCCAGGUUAUCCAUGCUGGAUUUGGGGUCGAAAUGUUGAUUUUGAUCUAAAUGUGCAGUACAUCAAAAACUCCCUUCGCCUGUACUCUCCGGAGAUGCAAAGAAUCCAAGAUUGCGCUCGUGAGAACAAUAUCGCAGUCUCGUUGAGUUUUUCAGAGAAUUGCAAUAACUCGCUCUACAUUGCUCAAGCUCUAAUCGGGCCAGAUGGAGAGAUCAAGGUCCAUCGUCGAAAGAUGAAGGGGACUCACAUGGAACGCACAGUAUUUGGCGACGGCUCUAGUCACGCUUUGAAGAGCGUCGAAGAGCUCCCAUUUGCCCGCGUUGGCGCGUUGAGCUGUUGGGAACAUUUGCAGCCGCUGCUCAAGUACAACGCCAUUACGCAGAAUGGAGACAUUCAUGUUGCGGCUUGGCCUCCGCUGUCUAAUAACGUUGUUGGAGAUUUCGGCGCUUAUGCUAUGACUGCAGAAGGGUCUCAAACACUCUCGCGUACUUAUGCCAUGGAAUCUGGGUCAUUUGUGCUUCACUGCACUCAAGUGAUUACUGAAAAAGGCAUCAAGGCCAUGAAUACAGGUGGACAACCCAUCAUGUCAACCCCAGGAGGUGGCCACUCGGUUGUUUUUGGCCCGGAUGGCCGAGUCAUGACAGAGGCCAUCCCCGAGGACGAAGAAGGUAUUAUUUACGCUGAGUUGGACAUGGACGAGCGGGUCCGGACCAAAAUGUUUGUCGAUUCUACGGGACACUACAGCCGCCCCGACGUCCUCUGGUUGGGUGUCUCGCCUGAGAUUCCAACUGUAGUCAGGCCGCAGCGGGCCGGAAAUGCCAGUGAACAAGUCGACUGGUGA